UCAAGCGAAGGACGGUGUCUGGUGGUGUCUCGAAACGUGUGAGCGUAUCUUACGUAAAUCGAUUUUAGUAUACAUUUAUAACCAUAUUUAUUUACACGUAAACAUAGCGGAACAAUACAAAUCUAAAAUAAUUCAGUGUAGUGCGGCUGUUUACAUUAAAAGUGUUAUCUGCGAGCGCAUUGAGCGCGGGCGGCGGCGUGGGUGCGGUCCCCACGCUGGUGUCACAGUCUGGUCUUGGUGUGGAGGUGGACAUGGUGCAGGAAGGCGGCGGUGCGGCAGGCGAUGGCCUCAUCGCGCCGCGCCGCGUGCCCAAUCCUUGUUUGGAGAGCCCACAGCGUAUGGACUUACACAGGGAGCUGCUCUUUAAUCAGAGGAUAGGUAAAAAUGUCCUCAACCAAAAAAGUGAGCUAGAAAAGGCUCUGUCGAAACACAAAGAGAAGCAAAUAAUGAACCAAGUAAAGGAACACAGGGAGACACCAGAGCUUGAGCGUGCGAUAGCAGAGCGAGCUCGCCGGUUGGAACAGGCAGAACAAAGUACGGAAGAACCAGAGACUGGUGCCAACCCUACACUGCAGCAGAUACGAGCCCGUCUUCGGCAUGCAGCGCCCUCUGCGCCAGCGGCCUCUGCCCACUGAACUAACCCAGCCUUACAUACAUCUAAAUAGGAAUAGGAUUGCCAAAAAGCCACGCGAUGAGCAAACUUUACCCUUCCCAACCUUUCUGUCUUUACACAAGUCUUAUAAUGUAUCGAGCUUAGAUGCUCUAGAGAAAAGAAUAAAAACUCACACUAAAGCCUUACUUUAAACAUAAUUUGUGAGUCGCGGAGAACCUAACGGGUAACCGG